AAGGUGCUGCAUCACUUCAGGGGGCUCCAGAGCACAUCUUACUUCCCAGAGAUCCGUCCCUCCGGCUGCCUCCUCUUUUUUUUUUUUGCAGCCAUGAACGGCACGGAGGGACCCGACUUUUACGUCCCCAUGUCGAACAAGACGGGGUUGGUGCGCAGCCCGUACGAGCACGCGCAGUACUACCUGGCCGAGCCCUGGAAGUACUCCCUCCUGGCCGCGUACAUGCUGUUCCUCAUCGCCUCCGCCUUCCCCGUCAACUUCCUCACCCUCUACGUCACGGUCAAGCACAAGAAGCUGAGGAACCCGCUGAACUUCGUCCUGCUCAACCUGGCGGUGGCCGACCUCCUCAUGGUCGUCGGGGGCUUCACGGUCACCCUCUACACGGCCCUGCACGGGUACUUCAUCUUGGGGGUCGUCGGCUGCAACGUCGAGGGGUUCUUCGCCACCAUGGGAGGAGAGAUCGGUCUCUGGUCUCUGGUGGUUUUGGCCGUGGAGCGCUACGUCGUGGUCUGCAAGCCGAUGAGCAGCUUCCGCUUCGGGGAGAAACACGCCAUGGCGGGGCUGGUGUUCACGUGGGUCAUGGCCCUGACGUGCGCCGUCCCCCCUCUGCUCGGAUGGUCCCGGUACAUCCCGGAGGGCAUGCAGUGUUCCUGCGGGAUCGACUACUACACUCCCAAGCCCGAGAUCGGCAACACCUCGUUCGUCAUCUAUAUGUUCGUCCUCCACUUCUCAAUCCCCCUCUUCAUCAUUUUCUUCUGCUACGGUCGCCUCCUCUGCACUGUGCGAGCGGCGGCGGCCCUGCAGCAGGAGUCUGAAAGCACCCAGAGGGCGGAGAGAGAGGUGACGCGCAUGGUGAUCGUCAUGGUGAUCUCCUUCCUGGUGUGCUGGGUGCCCUACGCCACCGUGGCCUGGUACAUCUUCGCCAAUCAAGGAGCCGAGUUCGGACCGGUGUUCAUGACGGCGCCGGCCUUCUUCGCCAAGAGUUCUGCUCUGUACAACCCGGUCAUCUACAUCCUGCUGAACCGACAGUUCAGAAACUGCAUGGCCACCACGGUUUGCUGUGGAAGGAAUCCCUUCGCCGAGGAGGAGGGCGGCGCCACCGCUUCCACCUCCAAAACUCAGACUUCGGCGGUCUCCAUCAGCCAGGUGGCCCCCGCUUGACCCCGCUCUCCUUCCCCAUCUGUCACUCGCCCACCUCGCCUACAUAUACAUAUACAUAUACACACACACUCAAGAGCCGGCCCGUGUGUUGUUUUUUUUUUCUUUCUCCAAUGCAUUAAAAUCAUGGAAAGUGUUCAGCUGGAGCGUAACCCCCGGUAACGAGGGGAGGGGGGCGUCGUCCACGCUCCCCAAAUACACACACACACACACACACACACACGAUGUCAUCACAUCCACUCCUGUUUGAGUAAUCGCUGCUAUACGCGUCCCCAAAAAUGCGCUUUAAACAAUCAUUUUCUGUGAUCACUUAGUCCUGAAUCUCUUUAGAGA